UACAAUGCUUGGUCUUGCUUCUUCCAUAUCAUGCUCCCUCUUCAUCCUGUUUUCACUGGCCUCCAAUGCUGCCUCCAAAGAUGACCUUGUGGUGGACACCAGCAGUGGUCCGAUCAAGGGCAGAAGUCUUACCGUGGGCUCUGGCACUGUGAGAGCUUAUCUUGGCAUCCCCUAUGCAAAGCCUCCCUUGGGGAAACUGCGAUUCCAGAAGCCUCUUCCACAUCAGCCAUGGAGGCAAAUCUUCAAGGCCACCAACUUUGGAAAUGCAUGUUCUCAGUCUGUUUUAUCUCAAGCAUUUGAGGCAAAAUUGUGGAAUCCCAAUAGGCCCCUUUCAGAAGAUUGUCUCUUUCUCAACAUCUGGGUGCCCCAUACGCAGCCCUCUGUAACUAUUCCCAUUCUUGUCUGGAUACAUGGAGGGGGCUUUGUUGCAGGUACAAGUUCCCUGGACUUGUACAAUGGAGCUUUUUUAGCUGUGACAGAGAAUGUCAUUGUGGCCUCCAUGAAUUACCGCAUUGGGUCUCUGGGCUUCUUUUCUCUGCCACCAGCCAUCCCAGGAAACAUGGGUCUAUGGGAUCAACACCUGGCCCUGACCUGGAUCAAGGAGAAUGCACUAGCCUUUGGUGGAGAUCCAAAUCGGGUGACGAUUUUUGGUCAUAGUGCUGGAGGAGCCUCUGUUGGCUUCCAUCUCCUUUCACCCAAAAGUGAGCCUCUUUUUGCCAAAGCUGUGCUUCAGAGUGGAGUUCCUUUUUCUUGGUUGAGUCCUGAGAAUGCCAAGAAUAAAUCCCUUGAACUUAGUCAGCUGAUGGGAUGUGGAAAAGGCAAUGAAAAUGAAAUUGUGAGCUGUCUUCGGGACAAAAAUGCAAUGGAAUUUCCUCAGCACGAAACAGCUCUGUUUCUGAAAAACAAGUUUAUUCUGGAUCCUGUCUUUGCACCGACAGUAGAUGGGGAAUUUUUGACUGAUGAUCCUCAGAGUCUUUUGAAUUCUCAGCAUGUGCAGAUCAAACCAGUUCUUACUGGUGUCACCUCAGAUGAAGCAGCUUCCUUGGUCGAUUUUCUUUCUCUUUUAAGCAAUCACAGCAAAAUCACUCAGGAACAAUUUAUGAAAGUAUUAAGAAUUAUAGUGCAAAAUGCAACUGAAGAAGAUAUUCAAGCAGUGGCCCAGAAGUACAGUGAGGAGAGUCAUGGCCCAGCAAAGUACCGUUCAGCCUUGGUUCAAUUUUUGAGUGAUUAUUUCUUUGUAUGUCCUGCAGCCGAAUUUGCUGCCCAGAUGAGAAAAACUGGGAGUCAUGUGUAUGUUUACAUUUUUACACAUCAUACCCCUGGCACUGUCUGGCCUGAGUGGGCCGGGGCGCCUCAUGGAGCUGAACUCAUUUAUCUGUUUGGAAGCUUUAAGGCAGCAUUGGAUGCCAACAAAACACAUACAGAAGCAGAGGCAGUGCUCAGCCGUAGGAUAAUGCGAUACUGGGCAGAGUUUGCCAGAACUGGCAAACCCACAGGAUCAGACAAGAAAAAAGUGGAGUGGCCACUUUAUAAUCCUACAGUGCAGAACUUCUUCAAUCUUAGCACUCAACCAGCACCGUUUAUGCCGGUAUCACCUACUCGACACUGCAAUCUGUUUAAAACACAUACUGCAAAUCCAAAGAAAUCAAAUGAAGAUUGAGACUGGGUAAUAGCCCUCCCAAUUGGGAACUCAAAUUCUCCAGGAACAGCCAGGAACAGUCUCCUG